ACAAAAAAAAACUAGUGGAAAAACGAUACAAUAUUUCUUCAGUUUGACUAAGCUGAGCUGCUUGAGCUGCCUGCUCGUAAUUAUGUACUGCCACUUUCAAAUGGAAGACCUCGCAUCUUCUUCUUUGACAUUUCCUUCUUCUCCCAACUCCUCUUAUUGCUUUCUCCACCCCCUUCCACUACCACCCACACCCAUUUCUCUUCAACUCGAUGAUGGGAAACUGCUUCAGAAAACCCGUCAAGUGUGCUCAUGCUUCUUCUACCAAUUUUCAUGGAGGUGCAAUUACAAAGCCUCCAUGUAAGACAAUGGAGGAAUUGACCAGUUCUACUGAGCAAACACCUUUUCAUUCUUUGAACACAUCUUCUACAACAUCCAAGUCUGAUAUAUCUCUUUCCAACAAUGUCAAGUCCUUUAACUUCAAUGAUCUCAAGAAUGCCACAAAGAAUUUCCGCCCAGAAAGUUUAAUCGGAGAGGGAGGGUUCGGGUGUGUCUUCAAAGGAUGGAUUGAUGCAAACACAUUAGCUCCCACUAGACCAGGAAGUGGAAUAGUGGUGGCAGUAAAGAAACUGAAGCCAGAAAGCUUUCAGGGCCACAGGGAAUGGCUUGCAGAAGUUAAUUAUCUAGGCCAGCUUCACCAUGAAAAUCUCGUUAAACUCAUUGGUUAUUGUUCAGAGUCUGAUAACAGACUCCUUGUCUAUGAGUUUAUGCCAAAAGGAAGCUUGGAGAAUCAUUUAUUUAGAAAAGGUGUUCAACCUAUUGCUUGGCCUACACGAAUGAAUAUUGCAAUUGCUGUUGCACGAGGACUAUCAUUCUUGCAUAGCUUAGACGCCAAUGUAAUCUACCGUGAUUUAAAGGCUUCUAACAUUCUACUUGAUUCGGAUUUCAAUGCAAAGCUUUCAGAUUUUGGCUUAGCAAGGGAUGGCCCAACUGGAGAUAAUACUCAUGUUUCAACCCGAGUAGUGGGAACUCGGGGUUAUGCUGCCCCAGAAUAUGUAGCUACAGGUCACCUGACCCCAAAGAGUGAUGUGUAUAGCUUCGGCGUCGUCUUAUUAGAGUUACUAUCAGGAAAACGGGCUAUGGAUGAUGAUAGACCUGGGGCUGCAGAGGAAACCCUGGUGGAUUGGGCGAAGCCAUUUUUGAGUGAGAGCAGACGAGUUUUGAGGAUUAUGGAUACAAGGUUGGGGGGCCAGUACUCCAAAAAAGGAGUCCAAGCUGCAGCUGCACUUGCAUUGAAAUGCCUUCACACAGAUCCCAAGAAUAGGCCUCCCAUGGUUGAUGUGCUAGCCUCGUUGGAACGACUCCAAACAUCAUCACAUGGCCCAAGGACCCCCCAAGGUACGCCAGACCAUCGCAGGGACACGGUCAAGCCAUUGAGGCACUCCCGCUAGACAGCCAUCGAAGUUACAAAACUCAGUAUGACCUUUGUUCCUAGCAUGCAGGUGCAUUUGUUCUUUUGCUACGUAAAACAAUUCUGCAGAAGACUCGUUAUACACAUCUGCAACUUGGGUGUGUCUAGUGUUUCGGUAUCUUCUUGCGACCAAUUAAUUAUUCCUUGUAAAUAAAAUUAUAUUCUUUCUUCUUCUUGUAUUAAGAGAAUAAAUGCGUAAUGAUGAGGAUCAUAGUUUUAAAA